AAUGUAUAAUCUCGCACAACGCGCGAAUGCGUUGUUCGCUUUCUCGACGACCGUGAUAUUUGGCCUCCUUGGGGCCAUAGCAUUUAUCACACUUUUCUUAUCUUCUUCACCUACAGCCAAGAUCGAUGUCAAGGAUUUGCAGGUCUUGAUAUAUGACUAUGCUCAUACCCAAAGUGAAUUUGCGUUCGUAGACCUCAAAAUAGAUGCCGAUUUGACCUCGUUAUUUAAUUGGAAUACGAAACAGCUAUUCGUCGCAGUUGUGGCGGAGUACGAGACGAAGACACACAAUUCCAACCAAGUGGUUCUAUGGGAUACGAUUAUUCAAUCAAAAGAAGAUGCCCACAUUAAAGAAGAAGAGUUGCAUAAUGAAUAUAAUUUUGUGGAUAUAACGAGCAGUUUUGAUCGGGUGAACGCGAAUUAUUCUAUAUACUGGGAUAUAAUGCCGUUCGUUGGGGUUUUGAUAAGUGGAAACUCUGGAACUCUGAAUAUCAAACAAUUUCCGGCGCCAAUGAAUGGUUAA